UUUCUAACCAAAAAAAAAAAAAUGCUUGAAAUGUGUAAAAGUGGCCAGACGAGCAUUCCCACAGAGGGCUGCGGUCUAAGAGGAAGCGUCCCAAGUCUGCUCAGUUUUGGACUCCGUGACUGGGGGACGUGGUGGGGCCUUGCCUGGCUUGCGUCCACGAGGAGAAUCCAGGCCUUGGUUUGGCUCCAGCUGGGCCUGCCUGGUGCUGCCACUUAUUGACUUAAGUCCCGGUGAUUCAGCUCCUCAUCUGGAACGCCCGCGGGUCUCCCCUGACAGCGCUGGUGGGAGGGAGAGCGGCCUCCUCCUCCCCUGUGCGGGGCCUUGUCUGGGUGAAGCCCCUCCGUUCCCGAUGUGACUCCCCUCCCCCAGCCGGGUGCUCCGAGCCAUGGCCGACACCAUCUUCGGCAGCGGGAAUGACCAGUGGGUUUGCCCCAAUGACCGGCAGCUUGCCCUUCGAGCCAAGCUGCAGACGGGCUGGUCCGUGCACACCUACCAGACGGAGAAGCAGAGAAGGAACCAGCACCUCAGCCCGGCGGAGGUGGAGGCCAUCCUGCAGGUCAUCCAGAGGGCCGAGCGGCUGGACGUCCUGGAGCAGCAGAGAAUUGGUCUCCUCCUCGAGCCGCUGGAGACCAUGAGGCGGAACGUGAUGGGGAAAUGGCCUGUCCUAUGCCUGCUUUGUGGGGAGGUGCUGGGUUUCCUGGGCAGCUCGCCUGUGUUCUGCAAAGACUGCAGGAAGAAAGUCUGCACCAAGUGUGGGAUCGAGGCCUCCCCUGGCCAGAAGCGGCCCCUGUGGCUGUGUAAGAUCUGCAGUGAGCAAAGAGAGGUCUGGAAGAGGUCGGGGGCCUGGUUCUACAAAGGGCUCCCCAAGUAUAUCUUGCCCCUGAAGACCCCUGGCCGAGCUGAUGACCCCCACGUCCGACCUUUGCCAGUGGAACCGGCAGAGCGAGAGCCCAGAAGCUCCGAGACCGGCCGCAUCUACACGUGGGCCCGAGGAAGAGUGGUUUCCAGCGACAGUGACAGUGACUCUGAUCUCAGCUCCUCCAGCCUAGAGGACAGACUCCCGCCCACUGGGGUCAGGGGCCCGAAAGGCGACAAACCCAGGAGGGAGUCAGGUGGCAGUGUGGAGGCCCCCAGGAUGGGGUUCACGCACCCGCCGGGCCACCUCUCCGGGAGCCAGAGCAGCCUGGCCAGUGAGAUGGGGACAGGCUCUGCCGACCCGCAGGGCGGACCCUACCCCAGGCCGACCCGAAGGGCCCCGGUAAGAGACACACCUGGACGAGCCCCCAGUGCUGACGCGGCUCCAGCUGCCGGGGCUGAGGCGUUUGGUGCCUGGAACCGACGUCCCUGCGGAGGAUUCCUGCCAGACCCUGCCCGGCUCCCCCGACCGGUCCUUGUGCCCUCGCCAGCUACCCUGUUGGCCAUGACUCAACAAACCAGUGUUGGGAGCUCGCUGGCGCACUGGUCCCGGAGGAGCGUUGGAGCUGGUCCCGGAGGAGCGCUGGAGCUGGUCCCAGAGGAGCGCUGGCGCACUGGUCCCGGAGGAGCGUUGGAGCUGGUCCCGGAGGAGUGUUGGAGCUGGUCCCAGAGGAGCGCUGGAGCUGGUCCCGGAGGAGCGCUGGCGCACUGGUCCCGGAGGAGUGUUGGAGCUAGUCCCAGAGGAGCGCUGGAGCUAGUCCCAGAGGAGCGCUGGAGCACUGGUCCCGGAGGAGCGUUGGAGCUGGUCCCAGGGGAGCGCUGGAGCGCUGGUCCCGGAGGAGUGUUGGAGCUGGUCCCAGAGGAGCGCUGGAGCGCUGGUCCCGGAGGAGUGUUGGAGCUGGUCCCAGAGGAGCGCUAG